AUGGCACUUCGACAGAGAGAAGGGGAAGGUGGCGAUGCGGCGUCCACUCCCGUCAUCAGCCAAGACAUCCCUUGGGUGGUGGAUUUGCCUCAUCGCGGCAGUGAUAGCAUUGGACGUACGGCUGAAGAGGCUGUGGACGGCUUUGGCCACUAUGGAUCUAUCAGAUGGAUGGCGCCGGUAAGGCGCGAGUUUCCUUGGGCUAGUAGCCCCAAAUUGUGCGUAAAGCGCACACGACCAACUGAAUGA